AUGGACCGUGAGCACGAUGAUGGUCCUCAGGCGCCUGUCGAUUAUCCAGGCAACUAUCGACCUCACCAGACCGCCACCCCCGAAAUCAAUCGGCACCACCAAAACUACCAGGAAGACAACCUCGCGCAUCCGUCGCGACAAGGUCGAUUUCCUUUCCUUGAGGUGCGGCGCUAUGAGACGCGACAGUAUGGGGCAGCAGCAUACGCCCAGGCGCAGAACACUAUCAAUGACAAUAACACCCCACGAAACCUACACUAUUCGGAGCGACUAAAUCAAACACGAUACAGCCAGAGAGGACACUAUGAUAUGCGAGAGCGGAGGGCAGAAAACGAUGAGUAUCCAGUCGAGAACACCAGAAUAUACCUUCGAUCAAUAAGCACGAGAAACUCCCACCCCGCACCUAGAACUUUCUGGACCCUUGAUCCUGCACCCGAUCGAUGGCCUCUCCAAAUGAGAGAAAGCUGGGCUGGCCUCGAAUUCACGCUGAACCUAUCCCUCGAAAAAAAUCAUCUUGGAUUUAUCACGAAAAAAUUUGCGUAUCUACACUGCACACCACGGUCGUCUAAUGAUCGGGCUUGCUUACGCUUCGAUUUGUUUCCACGGCGAGAAGUGAAUAUACCCAACAUACCCAACGCAAGGUCACCAUCAUCAAUUUACCUCCAACUGUACUCACCCGGUGUACCUUCUGGUACUGAGAGCAUUCAGGAGGACAAUUGGCGUACGAUUUUGAAAGAUAUUCAUAUAAUGGUGCUGCGAGAUGAAAGCCACCCCUCGGGUCUACAACUGGAGUUAGACAGUCCGGGCGAUGUAGAGACUAUUCUCUCGUUCUUUUGGGGGCAGCGCAGCCAAAAGGGCACCGCCAACGGUGGUGCGUUGGGCGGUGGGGCGCUGACUGGGGAGGCACCCGGGCGGAAAAAAAAGUCGCCUAUCGAUGACAGCAGUGCCAAACCUCUGGGGGAGCCACAGCAAAAGGAUCCGUUACCUCCGAAACACCAGCUCACCAAUAUCGGUAUCUCGAACGGCGGGGCAUCUGCAGUCAAAAAAAGGUUCCCAAUCGCUGGCAACGAUAUCGAAACCCCUCGGGGGCCGCGGCAAAAGAACUCGUUUCCCCGGAAGAACAUGUUUUCCCAGAAGAUCUCGUUUCCCCAGAAGAACUCGCUUCCCCAGAGGAAUUCGACUCCCCAAAACCCCCGGUUCACCCAAAACGGUACCGCCAACAGCGGAGCGCCGCUCACUAGAGGGGCAUCUGGAGUUAAAACAAAGUUUCCCGACGAAAGCGAUAUUGAAAAGCCGGGGCAGAAGAAGAGAAAGAAGCCGCAGCCGGUGGAACAAGAGCCAGAGGUUGCUGAAACUAGUGUGAGCGAUUCCGAACGGCCCCGACAAACGAAAAAGAAGAAGCGAGAGCCCAUGCCAAAGCCAGAACCGCGACCAGAACAGGAACGAAAAAUUCCGGUUGUUAGCAGUGAUACCGAAUCCCCGGAAGAUGCACGGCAGAGGAAAAAGAAGAAGCCACUCCCAUCGAAACCAGAGCGAACCGAGGCACCACAGCGGAAAAAGAAGAAGAAAUCACUGUCCUCACAACCGCAACGCAAAGCUCCUGUUAGUGACAGCGACAGCCCGGAGGAGCCUCGGCGGAAGAAGAAGAAGAUGAUCCUGCCAUCAGGACGGGAGCGAAAAAUUGCUGUUGACAGUGACAGUGACAGUGAUACCCCGGAGGAGCGGAGACAGAGGAAGAAAAAGAAGGCACGGCCAUCAAAACCAGGACAAAAAGCUCCCGUUGAUAGUGACAGCGACAGCCCGGAGGAGCAACGAGUGAAAAAGAAAAAGAAACCGCAGGCUCCUAUUGUGCUGAGCGACAGCGAUGCCCCGGAGGAGCCAAAGCGGAAAAAGAAGAAGUCGCGACCAUCAGAACCAGAGCCAGCCCCCCCAGCACCACGCGGGAGGAAGCCGAAAGAAGACAAGGCGCGGCAUACGCCUAAAGUACCACAGUCAGAACGCACAAAGUCAAAAGGAAAAAAUAAACAGACCCCGCCGUCUUCGCCUCCACGCUCCCCGUCGCCAGAUCCAAGAACUUCGCCCUCAAAUGAUACCAAUCUCGACAGCUUGCAGAAACGCCUCGCGGAAAUCAACUCAGCGAAGAAUGAACUGUAUGUGGAAGAGCUGGAAGUCAAGGCAAAGCUGUUAAGGCAGAAGAUUGCCAGCAAUGAUGGGAAGUCGCUCGGGAAUUUCACAUGUUCUGCCUGUGGCGAGUAUGGGCAUAGGAAGGAUUCGUGGAAAUGCGAAAAGCAUCCGUCGAGGAGGAGGGUGUUAGGAUAA